GCGGUGCCUCCGACUCUCUUCUUUCCCAGUCAGUUCUGGAGGGGGAUACAAUUCAAAGCAACAUGAAUAAGCUGCUGGUUGUUACUGUGCUUGUUGCACUUCUUGCACUCACUGCUGAAAGCUUCCGUGUGCCAAGGCAGGCCGAGGAGGAGGAGGGCACACUGAGCAAGAUCACAGACACAGUCAAGUCGUACUAUGACAGCGCCCUCAACACCGUCAGUGGAUACGUGGAGAGCAUUAAAGGCCUGAAUCUAGAGGAGAAAGCAAAGAAUCUUUACACUGAAACUAGCACAGUUGUGAGCACCUACGCCGGCAUUGCRCAAGACCAGAUUUACCACUUUUUUCAUCACUAACGAGGUUACAAUAAGAGAAUAAAACAUUUUUUUAAAUACCUCAGAGACCUUUUUCAACAGAACGCUCAACCUGCACCUGAAAGCCUCCAACAUCAGUUGACACAAACUCAAACCUCACCAUGGAGCCUCAGAACCUCCAACAGCAGAAACUGUAGACGCUGGGCUUCUCUUCGAGCCAUCACACCAAAGCCAAUCAUCCAUCAGUUGACAUUAAUUCUAAAACUUCCCUGAACAAACUGGAAAACGGAUAAAAAAAAAUACCCAAGGCCAGUAAUUGUAAAACAUACCACCACCUACAGUAGGAGGAAUUUUGUUUGCUUAUAAUUGACAUGAAUUGACCAUACAGAAUCAUUUAAAUAUGUGUUACCUCUUGAAAUAAAAUAUUUAUACAAAGAA